GGGUCAUUUUAAAACACCACUUCCUCACACGUUUCAUCGAUUUCUUCUUCUCUCUUUUCUCUCAACUUCUCAAUUUUCUCUUUCUCCGGCGAAGAUCGAUCACACCGGUAACUCCCUUCGCCGUCAUCAAACCCUCCCUCUCCUCCGAUUCCAAUCAUGAAUCCUGAAUAUGACUAUUUGUUCAAGCUUUUGUUGAUUGGAGAUUCUGGUGUGGGCAAGUCAUGUCUCCUCCUGAGGUUUGCUGAUGAUUCAUACCUUGACAGCUAUAUCAGUACAAUUGGAGUCGACUUUAAAAUCCGCACUGUUGAGCAGGACGGGAAGACCAUUAAACUUCAAAUUUGGGACACUGCUGGUCAAGAACGUUUCCGGACUAUCACUAGCAGCUACUAUCGUGGGGCUCACGGCAUAAUUGUGAGUAUUUUUAAACUGGUUGUUCGUCAGCAAUUUCCUUUUUAUGUUAUCUUAGGGAACAAUGGUGUAAUCUUUUUGUUUAAUUUGUUGCAGGUUGUUUAUGAUGUCACUGACCAAGAGAGCUUUAACAAUGUUAAGCAGUGGCUGAACGAAAUUGAUCGUUAUGCAAGUGAAAAUGUUAAUAAGCUUCUAGUUGGAAACAAGAGUGAUCUAUCGGAAAGUAAAGUUGUGUCCUCUGAAACAGCUAAGGCAUUUGCAGAUGAAAUUGGAAUUCCUUUCAUGGAAACUAGUGCUAAAAAUGCCAGCAACGUGGAACAGGCUUUCAUGGCCAUGGCUGCUGAAAUAAAAAAUAGAAUGGCAAGUCAACCAGCGAACAGUGCCAGGCCUCCGACAGUCCAAAUUCGAGGACAGCCAGUGAACCAGAAGGGUGGUUGCUGCUCAUCUUAGAGACUAUUCAUUAGACGUUCAUAUGUGUCUCUGUGGCAUGUAAAACUAGUUUUUACAUAAUGCUUUCAUAUAAAGAUUGUUCGUCAUGAUUUACUCUUUAUCUUUCAGCUCUUUAAAACUUCCAUUCUUUUCAAUGUAUUUGAUUAAAAAAAAUAUGUACAAAAUUAGGAAUAUUGUUGAAAAGCAGUAUUUACCUUGUUCUUUGUCUCAA